AUGGAGGAAGUGAAAGAAUAUAUUGCAAACAGUUUUUGGGGGGCAGAAGAUUUGGGGUUUUCUUUCUCGGCAGCGGAGGGUCGGUCGGGAGGAAUCCUGACUUUGUGGAGAACUAGAACAGUGUCAAUUAUAUCUAGUUUUCGAGGUACAUGUUACUUGGGCACGAAGGUGAAUUGGAAGAAUGGAGUCUAUUAUAUAGUCAAUGUAUACUCUCCUUAUUCUUUAAUUUUUAAAAGAGGUCUUUGGGCAGAAUUGUUGGAGAUGAAGCAAGGAUUCUCGGAUGGUGAAUGGAUAAUCGGAGGUGAAUUCAAUGCCGUAAAAAGGAGGAAUGAAAGGGUGGGUAGUUCUAUUGAUAGCAAUGCCUCAGAGAGAAGGGAAUUUGCAGAUUUCAUUGAAGGAAUUGGCCUAGUGGAUGUUCCUUGCAAAGGGAAAAUCUUUAGUUGGUAUAGCGGAGAUGGAAGAGCUAAGAGUAGAAUCGAUAGGCUUCUUGUGUCUGAUGCGAUUGUCUCAAUUUGGGGAGUGGUUGGUCAACUCAUCAGCACAAGGUACGUUUCGGAUCAUUUCCCUGUGUGGUUGGAUAUUGAUAAAGAAGAUUGGGGACCUAAACUAUUUAAGUUUAAUAACGAAUGGUUUUCAAACAAUGACUUUGUUUCUUUCAUUGAAAAGGAGUGGAAGGAGUUGGAGGUAAGCGGUAGAGGAGAUUAUGUGUUGAAAGAGAAAUUUCGGCUCAUUAAAGAUAAGAUGAAAUGGUGGAAUAGAGAGGUGUUUGAUAAAAUUGAUUUGGAAGUGGAGGAAGGGGUUAGGGAUUUGAACAUAUCGGAUGAUAUGGAUGUUAUGGAGGUUGGCUUUGAAUAA